UCUCGCGCUUGUCUGGCGGUUGCACGGCCGUUAAAACCGUUUAGACCAGCCAGCGGUUGACUAGGUAAGGCUAACGGUUAUUUUAACAUCUGUGAAAAGACGUCGACCCGCCCCGGUGACUAUUCUUCGCCAUUUCCCAUUCAUGAUGGACAGUGACCGGGGUUUUAAGUUCAAGCUUUUGGUGCCACCUAGAGUAAGCCACAGUCAGAUAAAUGCGGUCCGACCUCAAGAAAUAGCAGAGAAUCAUGGCGAUUUUCUAAAAACAAUGCAGUGGGUAAGCUCGUCAUCAAACCAGAAUAAUUCCAGCAGUGGUGAGCUGUAUUCCAAGCUGUUUGAUGAAGUAGAGAAAAUAAAGUCCUGGAAGGUCAAAGUUGACACUGACACAGUGGAGAAAGAGAGAAAACUCCAGGAUAACAAAAGAACAAUUGAAACCCAACGAAAAGCCAUUCAGGAAUUGCAGUUUGGCAAUGAAAGUCUAAGCAUAAAGCUGGAAGAACAAAUCUGUGAAAAUGAGGACCUAAGAAACAAAAACAAUGCAACAAGGAGCUUGUGCAAUAUACUCAAAGAAACGUGUCAGAGGUCUUCUGAGAAAAUGCAUUUAUUUGAAUCUGAAAGGGAAGAAACACAUCACCUCUUCAUGGAAAAUAGUGAGAGUAUUAAGAAGCUGCUUUCAGCAUUUGAAAGCCUUCAUAUUCGGGUAGAAGCCGACCAACAAGAGAUGCAGAAAGUGAAAGAGGACUUGUUGCAUUUUGAAGAUCUGAAAGAGAAAUAUCAUCAGGAGCAUUUGCUGAAAGAAAAAGAGAUGGAAGUGCUUAAGAAAAAACUUGAUGAUAAGGAAAAUGAGCUCCAAAAAGCCCUCAUAAACCUUAAUGAAGCUCAGAAGUACUGCAAAGGACUGCAAGACUCAACAAAACAACAGUUUGAACUUCUCCAAAGCUUGAAAACUGAAAAAGAAUCUCUGCUUCAAAAACUGGAUAGUGCUGAGCAACGCUGUGAAGAAAUUAAGAAAAAAGAGGAAAACACUGUAGCAGCCCUGGAGAGAAGUAAAAAGGACUAUGAAGAGAUCAUCCGAAACAAAGACCUCAACAUGCAGGACCUCAACAGAGUAAAAACCCAACAAGCAGAAAAAAUAGAGAAGAUCGAAUCAACAAUCGAUGACUUAAAGAAUUCCCUUGCUCUGGAGAUACAAAGGGCCAAAGAUCUGGAGGAUAAACUACUGACAGAGAGCUGUGAACUUGAAAGAAAAGCCAAACUUUUAGGCGAGACCAUGGAUGAAGCUGCAAGGAAAGAAGAUUUGAUCAAAACGCUUGUAGAGGAACUGGAUAUAAAGUCAAAGUCCACUGGGUUGUUGAAAAGCAAGACUGAUGCUCUGGAAGCCAGACUGGAUGAACUUGUUUCUGAGCUAUCAAGUAAAACAGAAGAAAUUGAGAAAUUGAGGAAUGACAAAGAGACGGUGUUAGCUGAAAAUAGUCUUCUUAAGGAGGUUUGUGAAAAUGCUGAAAGAGUAAAAGAAGAUUUACAGGAGAAGUCUGCUUUUACUGAGGUCAAAGUGAAGGAACUUGAGAUGCAGUUGUCUGUUGAAAUCCAGAAAAAUAAAGAAUGCGGCUUUCAGAUGGAGCAGCUGAUGGAUGACAUCUUGCAGCACAAAGUGAAAUAUGAGGAGCUGCUGUCCAGCUUUGAUAAACUACAGUCUGAGAACAAGGUAAGUGAGGAGAAGAUGGUACAACUCAAAAGAGAAGCACAAAAACUGGAAGAAGAAAACCACUGCUUAAGAGAUGAGAUAAGUACCAUUAAAACCAGAUUCCAGGGGACAUGUCAAGAAAUUGAAACUAUGCAAAAGAAAACUGAAGAAAUGUGUGAGCAUCUACAAGAAGAUAUUGCUGAAAAGGAAAAACGGAUAAAAUCUAUGGAAGCAAAGCUUCAGAAUCUCAGAAAGAAAUUGGAAAUUAAAUGUAAAGCGCAAGAAGAGUUCCAGAAAGAAAAUAAAGCGCUUAAGAAACAAAUUGCAAAAGAAACGGCUAAAUCCAAUCAUCUUGAAAUUAUGAUCAACAAGCUUCAAGCUGAAUCCAAGGACCUCAAAACAGUGAAAGAUGACAAUUAUCAGAAAAUGCUUAAAGAUCUUGAAUCAAAAUCAGUCUUAACAGCAGAGCUUGAAAAUGAGGUACAAAAGCUCAAAUUAACAACCUCAGAGGCCAUUAAGAACAAAGAAGAUGCAGAGUACAAGUGCCAGCACAAGAUUGCAGAAAUGGUAGCACUGAUGGAAAAACACAAGAGCCAGUAUGAGCGCAUGGUUGAAGAGAAGGACACAGAGCUUGAUAAGAACAAGAAGAAAGAGACAGAGGCAGUUGCUCGUGCAAAAUCACUGGAGCUGGACUUGUCAAAACAGAAGGUAGAAAUUGACCAGCUGAAGAAACAGUUGAAGACUAAAGAAACAGAGAAGGAAAAUCUAGAAAAAGAAGUAACUGGCUUGAAAAAAGCAAUUUCUACUAAAAAGGCCGUGGAGUUGUCACAAAGAAAGAACAAGCAGUCAAAUGCUUCAAACUCUGGACUACAGAUUGACACUCCUGAGGAAGGCUUGUUAAAGUCUUACACUUUUGACUUCUCCACGACUAAGAAAACCCCCUCCAACAAGAGUCCUGCAGUUCUUAGGAAAGCUGUAUCUAACACUAAAAUAACCAAGACACCAUGUGGAACAACACCAAAGACAAAGUCGUACAGAAUAAUAACACCCCCCUCUAAUAAAAAGGCGGGACUUUUGGUACAGAGCACCAUUGAACUCGACUCCAAGUCUGACAGCUCUGAUCAUAUUGAUUUGUUUACCUGCACAAAUGAACCAGCACCAAGUGAUGUUGUUGUGCAGUACAGACGUGACCUUUUGAAAAAGAUUCAGAGCCCUGUCACUCUGAGAUCACCUGGAAAUUCCCUAAAGCUGGCUGCAAUGAAACGAAUGCGAGAUGCUGGCUGGACGGCUGUUACUGGCUGCGACAAGAAGAAGAAGAAGACCAAUGAGAAAAUAUUUGCAUAAGUGUUGCCAAUACAGGUCAGAUAGAUGACUUGAUUUUGGACAGGGGUUGCUGUUUUAGGCCUUCAUACAUUGAUGGUUCAAAUGAAAUAAAUGAUCUUUUAAUUUCUAAUUACUACAAGUAAAACUAGUUCUGAACAUGCCUGGUCUUAGUAUUUAGUUGUAGUUUGGAAUUUAUAGUUCAUUGUGCUCAUAGUGUUAAUUUACUUUGAUGUAUUUGACCACAAAGUCAAGCUCUUUGUUUCAAAAAGUGCUUUGAAAAACAAAUGGCUAAAGUUAAAGCACAAAAUCUAAGUUAUGUUUAUGUAUGUCUCCGUUGAAUUUAUUUAGCUUUGCAGAUGUUUGUAGUCUUAAUGUGGUAAAACAGAAAUAUUUAGUCCCAAUUGAAAACUCUUUGAAUAUACUUAGUUUUGCCACUUAUACUUUUUUAGAAUUGUAAGGUUCAUUUAGUAAAAAACUCUUAAGAAGGUGACCUUAUGUGACCACAAAUUCACCUUCUUUUCUCUCUUAAGUUCAUUUGAAAAAAGAAGCUUGUUAUAAGGCUUUUGUUUGUAAUUUAUUUGAUUCAUUGUGCAUGAAGCUUUCCUGUUAAUUUGGUAAAAGCUGUGGUUAUGCAGUAUCUUUUGUUCAAUCAUAUUUGUAUGGUCAUUGUCAUAAGUUAAAAACAAUGGUAAUGCUAAUAAAACUAGUUAAUUA